AUGUCGUCCGCCUUCAGCCUGAAAGGAGUGAAGCAGAAGCUCACCAGGAAUCUCAACUGCCUACUCGGCCUCAUUGCUGAAGCUGAGGAGUAUCAAACUCCAUGGCAGUUCCCUACAGUUCUGAAAGAUCUACAACAGUUCCUCAUAACGAAACCAAUCAUCGUUCAGGAACUGUGUGAAAAGUUGGAAACACAAAAGGAAUCUACUUGGAAUCUAUACCAGGAAAGCCUUUCUUCAAUCACUGGAACACUCCUAGAAAUCAAAGGCACUGAUGGUAAAGAAUUGAUGGAAGACUUUGAUGAAUACUGGGAAACAAAAGAUGGGGAAAAUAUAAUUAACGAAGCAGAAAGGCAACUGCGCGUACUACAAAAGCGGUUAGUGGAAAUUAAAUGUCAGGACAUCUCUAUCAAACAGGAAAUGGGUCUGGAGUCACCCCAUAGAGAACACCUAACUCAGCCCAUGACAACCUCUAACGCUCCAAUGGGCGCCACUACGGAAACACCUCCCGUGUAUCCUACUUCACAAGAGUGGGAAAUGCACAACACGUUAGGUAACCUAUGGCGCUCAUUGGAUCGACGACUCAUUGGCAAUGAAUUGAAAAUCCCAGAAUUCUACGGUAAGGCCUCAGAAUUCGACUCGUUUUGGGAACUAUUUGAGGACUUGGUUCAUAAGCAACCAUACUCAAACAUUGAAAAAUUUUCAAUACUGAUCAGCUGCUGUACAGGAGACGCCGCAAGAGCAAUUCAAAUGAUCCUAAGAACAGGCGAUUCCUAUGAAAGGGCAAUUGAACAAUUGAAAAAGCAGUAUAAGGAUCCAUACAGGGUCACCAUGGAAAUGAUCGGAAAAUUAAAAUCAAUGCGACCCUCUAGAGACGAUCACAGGUCGCUAAGAAAUACUUUAAAUGACGUUGAAGCGAUCAUCGCUACUCCUAGACGCCAAGGGGAAAUCGUGGAUACUACGCAUAUGAUCAGCCUCGUCACGGAAACGUUCUCUCACAAAGUUCAAAAAGAAAUCGCAACAAAAGUAUUCGAUUCGGGAAGACACUGGACGAGUUACUAG